GAAGGGGUUCGGCAAGGGAGAGAAGAUAGGGAAGAAGGCGGCGGUGGCGUACCAGUCCGUUUGUCCGUCUGCUAAGCUUUUUCGUUUUUUUGAACGUCUUGUGUUUAAGGGGACGAGGUUAGGGGCGGGGCAUUCUGUGUGGGUGGGGGGCGGAGAGGUGCGGGUUUAAAAUGAGGCAACCCGGGAGCCCUAGGCGGUGAAACCGAGCUAGUCAGGGUUGCUAAUAAGCUGCAGUGAGGAGCAGCUUUGCCACUGCGAGCACCGGGUAGCAGGACCCCGAAGUUCCAGCCACCCCAUUUUUAGGCCCCGUCUUUUUACUGCUUAUAGCUUCGAGGACUCGGAAACUCUUACCCAGUCGGAGGGGGAGCAAGAAAAGCCUUCCCCUCCCCAUCAACGUAUGGGAAGGGGGACUGCUCCGACCGUCGACCAGUCCUCUAAGGCUACAACCGCUGGCAGGCAAGAGUCUUGACAAACCGAGCGGCGGCGGGAAGCUGUCAAGGCUCUCCCACUUCCCCUGCUGCCCACCCCCGACCCCGGAUGGGCGUCCAGAAGACCCGCUCUGAAGUCAUGCUGAUGGGCACCGACCCUGCCAUGCCUGGGGACGAUGAUGGCCGAAUUGGGGUGAGCGAGCUGCAGGGCCGCUACUUCUACCAGCCCGAGCCUCGGGCCCCUCUGGACGCAGGAGUAGCUGACCGCGACUGCAGAGGCAGCUGCGACGGGGCAAACGGCGUCCCCUAUCCGGGAGCUGCUAUGAUGCCUGUGGGCGUACAGCCAGCUCCCACCUCGGGCCGCUUCCUCUCCCCUUACUCAUUCCCCGCCCGUCCCCAGCCUCAGCCCGCGGGUUACGCAGGAAGCCCGGAGCCCUAUCCGCUCACCUCGGGUGGCGAGGGCUUCCAGCCCGUCGACGGCUACUCUGCCGCUGCUGGAGCUGUGAGUGGGCUCUAUUCCCGGAGCAAUCAGUUUUUCCCCAGCCCUGAGGCGAAUCUGGGCUUGCGGGCCAGGGACCCCUGCAGCGGGACCGCUUUCUCCGGGAAAUUAAAAGUGGUCCUCGGCAACCAUUCUCUGUGGCUCAAGUUUUAUAGGCAGCAGACCGAAAUGAUCAUUACCAAGCAGGGCCGGCGAAUGUUUCCUUUCCUGGCUUACACGAUUCAUGGGAUGGACCCUGUUGCUCAUUACCGAGUGUUUGUGGAAGUGGUGUUGGUGGAUCAACAUCACUGGCGUUAUCAGAAUGGCAAAUGGGUUCAGUGUGGAAAGGCGGAGAACAAUAUGCCAGGGAAUAGGCUAUAUAUCCACCCAGAUUCACCCAACACAGGAGCCCACUGGAUGCGACAAGAAAUAUCAUUUGGAAAACUCAAGCUGACUAACAAUAAGGGAGCCUCCAAUAAUGUGACUCAGAUGAUUGUAUUGCAGUCACUCCAUAAAUACCAGCCAAGGCUUCACAUUGAAGAGGUGAGAGAUGGAGACCAUGAGACACCGGGUCCCUCCUCUUUGACCCACACCUUCACCUUCCCAGAAACAGAAUUCAUUGCUGUGACUGCAUAUCAGAACUCUGAGAUCACACAGUUAAAAAUCGACAAUAAUCCCUUUGCCAAAGGCUUUAGAGAAAGCUUGGAUACGUUCCUUACAGCUGCUGUGGAUACUGGCGCUACCACUUCCCCUGAACCAGUUUCUGGCUACCCUUUACUGGCGAGGAGUAGGUACUUGCCAAGCCAGUACUCCUCACCCAAUCCCUUUUAUCCCGAGCCACAUCAAGGGCAACCCAAGGAUGGAGUACCCCUUUCUUCUUGGCUCUUUACGCAGGCUCCCCAGCCACCAUUGGACUAUGGCUAUGACCCUUCCUACAGUAGCAGUAAGAUCCUCCCCUUGGGCAUGAAUGGCAUGAAGCCUGGACUUCUGCCCUCCACUUCUCCACCCACCAUGCCUUACUACCCCAGCCAAGAUGCUCUGAUCCCCCUAGGAGAUUGGUCAGCUUCUCCCUCGUAUAACCCCAAAGUCAACAAUGGGGGCUGGCUCCGAUCUGUGCCCCCGAUGCCCAUGGACCCUAUUAUUGGGACCCAGGAAGAGAAGAGGCCUGAGGAAGAAAUCUGGACUGAUACCCCCAAGUCAGAUUCUAAUGACUCAGGACUGAGUGAAGGAGACUCUAAGAGGAGACGUGUGUCUCCUUAUGAUUCGGGCAAGGAUGACUCCUCACCUGUCCAGGGCCCCUCUGGGGACUCCCCUUUUAAGAAAGAACAGCCACUUGGAGACCAAGUAUAUUUUUUUAAUUGAGAGGAGGAGCAGUGCCUUUGGCUCUUGAUGGAACAGAAGGUGGGGACGUGCUUCAAGCCCAGAAAAAAAUAGACGUGAUGUUGGAUGAACACAUUCAAGCUGACCCCACCUGUCUUUGAUGGUGUUUCUCCAAAGCAGAAGGCCCAGCCUGGGAGAAUGCCCUAAAAAGGACCUAGAAGUCUGUUUUCUCUUGAUCCUCAUGUCUGCUCCCCAAAAGUCAAAAGAAGGAAUGGUGUUCGUGCCCUUCUUAAUCCUCCCUGACCACAGCUAUCUUUCCCUGGUGCUGCCUCCAAAAUGCGCUCUGUUCUCCAAAUGGUUACUGGAGAACACGAAGGAAGAAUUCUGCUCCUUUUUGAUAUAUGUCUUUGUGUGUGGUGCUGAGGAGAGGGGGAAAGAGGGAAAUAUACUCUCUCUUAUUCCUUAUGGUGCCUAGCUCAUUUUUUACUUAACCUUAAAAAAACCUUCAUCCUUUAAAAAAAAAAAAAAAAAGGAUGUGAGCAACUGGUCAGACUUAGGGAGAGAUUCCCAAUGUCCUUAAAUAAAGUCUGGGUAUUUUAUUUCCUAGGAAGAUGGGUAUACUGGCAUAGUUGGAAUGGAAGGUGAGGGUGGAGCAAGGUUGGUUUUACAUUUAGAUUUUAGAAAAAUAUGUGGGGUUUUUUUUUUUUUAGAUUCUAUUUAUUGUCUGUGAUAUCUUUGGUUUAUUUCUUUUAAAUAAACUUGAAAAAUGCUGUCUGUUUCAGUGCAAAGGGAAUUAAGGAUGAGGUGGGUGAAGGUUAUUAAUUAUAUGAUAUCAUCAAUUCAAGGGUCCCAUGAAGGAAAGCUGAGCCCAAAGAGAAGGUAUGAUUCCCCUUGGGAUGAUGUGAUAAUUAGAGCAGGGAUGAAUCUCUGAUUUUCCAGUUUCCAGCCUCCAGGUUCUCUCUUUGUGUCUGUGUCUGUGUCUUUCUCUGUUCCUCUGUGUUCUCCCUUCCUCUCUCUCCUUCCUUCUUCCUCUCUCUUCUGCCUCCCCUUUCUUGAGAGAGCCUUUAUAAGCUGUCUCCCUUUGGAAAAGGGACAAAGAACUGAGCCAACCAUGUACUCUUUCUUGCCUAUGUUGUUUAGUAAUGCUGCUUGAAUAAUACAAAGCAGACUUGUGAUUUCUGUCUCAAAAGUAGCAUGGGUGCUAGAAGGAAGCAUUCUCCUGAAUUUUCCUCCCAUCCUGCCCAUGACUCUGAAGUCCAGGAGGUGGGAAGAUCAUGGUGUAAAACUAGUCAGCACAUGUUUUCUAAAACUAGAGUGAGGCUAGAUGGAAUAAUAAUAAACUUCUCUAAGACAGGAAUUAUGCACAAGAAAUAAAGCUAUUUUGGUACUGUCCAUGGUCUAAGGCAGCAACAACUCGAAUGAGAUAAAAACAUGACAACCACAGAAAAGGCUAAUCUUUUUUUUCUUACUGUUAUAAAAACUACUGUACAAUUUAAAUUUUAUUAGAGAAUUUUUACAUGGUUAUCACAAUUCUCAGAAAGUCCUCUGACUUUGACAGGGGAUUAUUUCACAGGGAAUAUGCUAAAACCAGUAUCUGUAAUGCUUCCUUUCACAAUCCUGUUAACAUAAAAAGUUCUUGUCAUGUUUGUUGUUUAAAUUA